AUGUCAUCCUCGCCAGUUCCCCUCCUCAAGGCUCCGGUCCCGGGCAAUCGCGGGAACUCAAAUAGCCCCCGGCCUCCCAAGCUUACACUGGGCAUCCCGCCCUCUGCUACGAGUCGUCCUGUCGCCGGUAAUGGCGUUCCUAUCGCCUCAGAUGCGCCCCAGCCUCAGCGUCCCUCUGGCCGUCCUGCUCCUCCCCAGCUACGCCUCGCAACCCCUAUGGGCAGCACCCAAGAUGUUCCACCUCAGAGAAGUGUUCGACCUAUGCCGCCACCGUUAGCGACGACGGGACUGAACGAUUCCAGUGGCCAUUCGCGGUCAAGCAGCUAUACCCACUUGGAUGGGAAAGGCAGUGGCCCUGCAUCCGCUUCAUCAUCUAAUUAUUCCAACCUAUCAUUUGCUAUGGGAGGUCUUCGACAACCACACGGUGGAACGCCAGACCCUUCAUCGGCGAUCAGCUCUGUAUAUUCCGAUCGUGAGAGUGGCGUGCAGAUGGAACGGGAGAACAGCGUCAACAGCCUGAUCCCUGAUUUGGACAAGCUAAGCCUGGAAAAGGGUCGAGCUCUAGAUGUUGAGGACUUGGAUGAUCAAGGCUGGUUGGCUGCUAGUGAGCAGAAGAAAAUCGUCGAGUUAGGCAGUUUGGGUGAAGGAGCAGGAGGAGCAGUCACACGAUGCAAAUUGAAGGAGGGGAAAACCGUGUUUGCCUUGAAGAUCAUUACGACAGAUCCGAAUCCCGAUGUGAAGAAGCAGAUUAUCCGAGAGCUCAACUUCAACAAAGAUUGCGCCUCAGAGCACAUUUGCCGAUACUACGGUGCGUUUAUGGAUAAAUCAACUGGAACUAUUUCCAUCGCGAUGGAGUUCUGUGAAGGUGGCAGUCUGGACAGCAUCUACAAGGAAGUCAAGAAACUCGGGGGACGAACGGGCGAGAAGGUGCUUGGCAAGGUAGCGGAAGGAGUCCUGAACGGAUUGACAUAUCUCCAUGGCAGAAAGAUUAUCCAUCGAGAUAUUAAGCCAUCCAAUAUCCUUCUUUGCCGAAACGGCCAGGUGAAACUCUGCGACUUUGGCGUCAGUGGAGAGUUCGGUACUAAAGGGGACGCGAAUACGUUUAUCGGCACUUCAUAUUACAUGGCCCCAGAGAGAAUUACUGGGCAAUCAUACACCAUCACAUCAGAUGUCUGGUCUCUUGGUGUCACGUUAUUGGAAGUUGCGCAACAUCGCUUUCCGUUCCCUGCUGAUGGAACCGAGAUGCAGCCUCGUGCUGGGUUGAUUGAUCUGUUGACAUAUAUCGUGCGACAGCCGAUUCCCAAGCUAAAAGACGAACCCCAGAACGGAAUAAAAUGGUCCAACAACUUCAAGUACUUUAUUGAAUGCUGGUACCCUCGAGAAAGAACCCCCACGAAGAGCAACACCAUGGCGGAUGCUGGAACAUCCGUGGGUACUGGACAUGAAGAAUAA